AUGAAUUUUCUACUAACACAGUUCACAGCACUGAUAUUGGCUGGGUUUUUGAGAACGUUUCUUAGUCCAGUUGCCGUGACAGCAGCCACCAGACAUGUAUUUGGUCUCGUCAUCGGCCUUGCGCUUGGAUAUUUCUGCUUCGGCAGGCAGGCGAUUCACCUUGCAGGCCUCCCAGCCUUAUGUUACAUAGCAAUGCGCACACAAAAUCCUCGUAAUAUACAGAGAGUUGUGUUAACAACGGCGAUGCUCUACUUAUCUUGCGUGCAUUACCAUCGACAGAUGUACAAUUAUGGCUCGUACACACUCGAUAUCACUGGGCCACUUAUGGUGAUAACGCAGAAAGUGACCAGCCUUGCGUACAGCAUACAUGAUGGGUUAACGCGACGUGAAGAGGAACUCACGCCAACGCAACGUUAUCAAGCCGUGAAAAAGAUGCCGACGACGUUAGAGUACUUCAGCUACGUCUUCCAUUUUCAAGCGUUGAUGGCUGGGCCGGUGAUAUUUUAUCGUGAUUACAUCGAUUUUAUUCAUGGACGUAAUCUAACUGGAGCAAGAGCUUUGACGGGCUGUGAUAAAAAUUCCGCUCACUACGACGAGAUAGUCCUGGAACCGUCUCCGACACCGGUCGUAAUAAAAAAGGUCAUAGUGAGCUUAUUGUGCGCGGCUAUGUUCGUGACUUUCAUUCCAACAUACCCGAUUCAGAAGCUAAAAGACGAUGACUUCCUCGAGAAUACCACGGUGUUUUAUAAAAUGUGGUUCCUGAUGGUCACCACUAUGCUAGUUCGCUUUAAAUACUAUCACGCGUGGAUCUUCGCCGAUGCCAUUUGCAAUAAUUCCGGGAUUGGGUUCAACGGUUAUGACAAGAAUGGCGAACCCAAAUGGGAUCUAGCUUCCAAUGUUGAUGUUUAUGGGUUUGAGAUGUCUCUGAAUAUGAGGGACAGUAUCGAACACUGGAAUAAAGGAACCAAUAGGUGGCUUAGGUCGAUUGUAUAUGAAAGGACACAGUACAAUAAACUUCUGUUCACGUAUGCUCUUUCUGCCUUAUGGCAUGGUUUUUACCCCGGUUACUAUUUAACAUUCGCCAAUGGAGCCUUUUUUACCAUGGUGUCACGCAUUACUCGUCGUAACAUACGACCAUACUUCCUAGGGUCCAAGGGGAUGAAGUUCCUAUACGAUGCGCUUACGUUCACUACAACGCGAGUCUUAAUGGCCUAUAUGACAUUCAGCUUUAUACUCUUGGAAUUUGUACCAAGUGUGAAAAUGUACCUGUAUGUAUACCUGAUUCCACAUAUAAUCGGUUUAACUUUACUCGUGAUCGCACCACGUCUUCCGAAAAUUCCGUCGCACAAGAAAGUAACUGAAAAGGAAUCGAAAACUUCUCAGGAAUUAAUCAACGGAACUGCGCGUAAAUCCAUGUGAAUUUUAGAUGUGGCCAAAAAAAAAAAAAAAAAAAAUGACGAUCACACAAGAGAUACAUAUUUUUUAUGAAUGUUUUAAUAUACGUAUAAAUAUUAUGUAUAUAUUAUAUAUACACGCACAUAUAUACGUACAAUAUUUAUUGUUACGACAUGUUACUGGUACAAAUUCUAUGUCGAGCGUGUGAAAAGUAUAUUUGUUUUAUAUAACGUGAAUGAGUAAUCAUAUAUUUAUAUCAAUGCCCAGUGCAUAUGAUGAGAAGUUGGCACCCAGCUGUUUCGCAGUUUUACCGGAAAACAGACGACAUCGCGGGUGAUAUAGUAAAUAAUAUUUAAUCGAUAGUCUUCUGUAAUAUUAUCAUAUUUCUUGUUCUUUUUUCCCCUCUGCAAUGUUUAUCGAAAGAGUGGUUGACAGAUUAUGACGUUCCAACAGAACACAGAUAUGAUUUUAAUUCUAAGCGAUUACUAGUAAUUUUUGCAGUUUUAUACAUUUAGCGUGCGUAAUGAUACGAUGAUUGUAAACGAACUACUAGGGAAUAUAAUCUCUAGUUUAUACAAACGCGCUUCGAUUUAUCCAAAACGCCCAGUUUUACUCAGGAUGCUAGAAUAUGCGUAAGAUAUUCUUUGGCGUUCGUCAGCAUUGACGAUUCUACGAAAAAUGCCCGAGUACCCUAGACGUCGCAGUCGCGAAAUUAUUACACGAUGCAGCGAGGGAGAAGACUUAAUCUACAGCACCCUCAAGCGUCUUUGCUUUUUAUUCACAUGAUUAAUUUUAAAUUAAAUUCAUAAGUUUAUUUAUAAAACGUUACCUCCGAACAUCUUUAUUGAUAUUAAUAACAAGUGUCGAGAUAAAAUCCAAUUACAAACAAAUUAUACGAUGCUCAACUGCUAAAAUGUGAAUGUUACGUAAGUAUGAAAUCACAUUUAUAAUGUAAAUUUAUUAAAUUUACAAACAUCUUUCUCGAUUGUUGCACCGUUUUGAUUACGUUAAAUAGAUCAAACCCUAACUUCUGUUCUUUUGUAACAACUUCUAAUAUAUACCGAUAAUUAACCAUAGACAAACUCAAUUAACCAUAGAUUUUUUAAGAAAAUCAUAAAAGUGCGAUAUUAUGUAUAAGUUUUAUUAGAACCACUAUCGGUUAAUUAUAAAUUUUAUACGAAAGAUAAGAUGCAAAUAUACCAACACAGUAGCCGGGUGAAAUCUGAUUAAUGACGUUAUCAUUGCGCCCCACGUGCCUGCGUAUCCUCAAAUAACUAUAGCCAUAAUUCGAAUGUUCACUAACGUUUUGCGCGAGUAUUUUCAUUCGUCGCCUAAUGGAAUAUCGUCCUUAUAAUCGGGUAAAGGGAAGCACCGAAACUGACUGCACCCCCGAAGCCCUAUUACACACGGGGUGGCAGCGGCCACUUAGCUAGCAAAAUAGUCAGUGCGAUCAUCGCGAGCGAUCCGCGACGAUCCCACGAUCGUGAGCUCCGAUAGAGAUUCUCGAGUAGCGUCCUCUUAAUCCAAGAAAGCAUGGUAAAAUUUCUGUUAAUUGUUCGAAUCGUGGAUGUGCAAAGGACAGUGAAACAUUAUGGAUUCGAGUUUUAAGAGACCAAAAAGAAAAAUAAUAGAAAUAGAGAGGAUUCGUGUGGUAUAAAGGAUCUAAUGUGCUCAUAAAGAAAAGAAUGUUAAAUAAAAAUGCUGAAUAAACAAAAAUUGAAGUGGUGAUCUUUACACGUUGUGAAUCUUUUCGGCGAAAAAUGUUUGACCUUUGCACAACCAGGAAUACAGUGUUUUCUUAAACGAUUUAAUUUACCGGGGAGCUAUUGCUCGUUCGAUCAUCGGAGAAAUUGUUAUGAAAUUGUUUUUUUGUUCCAUUGUAUAAGAUUCUAAGUACGAGGUUUCAUUUCUGGUUGUUAAUGGAGAAAUGUAUGUGCUUUUGUACACUACUAGAAAGUAAUCGAAGAACGUUUGAAUUCUGGCAUGAAACGAUAAUUAUAAACAUGUAGGCACUCACGCUUUGAAAAGAAAGUACAAUGGUAUAAAAUAAAUCCAAUUUCUUAAAAUA